CCCCCAUCCAUCACGUACACAUACGCCAAAAUGUCUGUUCCUACCGAGUUCAAGCUCAACAACGGCACCACCAUCCCCGCCGUCGGCCUCGGCACGUGGAAGUCGGAGCCCGGACAGGUCACCCAGGCCGUCGAGCACGCCAUCAAGUCGGGCUACAAGCACAUUGACGGUGCCCUCUGCUACGGCAACGAGGCCGAGGUCGGCGCCGGCAUCAAGGCAUCGGGCGUUGACCGCAAGGACCUUUUCAUCACCUCGAAGCUCUGGUGCACGUACCACGACCGCGUCGAGGAGGGCCUGAACCAGACGCUCAAGGACCUCGGCACCGACUACCUCGACCUGUACCUCAUCCACUGGCCUGUCCGCACCGUCGAGAACGGCACCAACAAGCUCUUCCCCGUCAAGGAGGACGGCUCGCGCAACAUUGACCGCGAGUGGGACCAGGGCAAGACGUGGGCGCAGAUGGAGGCCGUGCUCGCCUCGGGCAAGGUCAAGGCGAUUGGCGUGUCCAACUUCUCUGAGCUCUACCUCGAGCGCCUGAGCAAGACGUGGAAGGUCGUCCCCGCCGUCAACCAGGUCGAGCUGCACCCUUACAACCCGCAGCACUCGCUCAAGAAGUACUGCGAGUCCAAGGGCAUCAAGCUGCAGGCGUACUCGCCUCUCGGAUCCAACGACUCGCCGCUGCACGCCGAGCCCGUGCUCGUCGAGAUCGCCGCCAAGCACAACGUCGCCCCCGCGACCGUGCUCAUCUCGUACCAGGUCAACCGCGGCGUCGUCGUCCUCCCCAAGUCGGUCACGCCCAAGCGCAUCGAGGACAACCUCAAGGUCAUCAAGCUCGACGCCGACGACCUCGCCAAGCUCGACGGCCUCGCCGCCGCCGGCAAGCAGCAGCGCGUCGUCUCGCCCCCCUGGGGCACCGACCUCGGCUUUGUCGACUGGUUCGGCCCCGACAACAAGAACGCGCCCGCCGGCACCGUUCUCGAGUCCAAGGGUGAGACGUUUUAG